UAUAUUGUCAUUGUUGUGUGUGUGAGAUGGAGAGUAAAUGUACUGUAUAUAAAGAUUUUGUGUAGUUCAUGUUUUCAAUACUAAAACUGAGUGUGUUAAGUGUGAGAAGGAUUUCUUUCUUGUAGGAUGCAGGGCUGCAGUAUUACAGAUGAAGGUUGUGCUGCUCUGGCUUCAUCUCUGAGGUCAAACUCCUCAUCACACCUGAGAGAACUGGAUCUGUACUAUAAUAAUCCAGGAGAAUCAGGAGUGAAGCUGCUCUCUGAUCUACUGAAGGAUCCACACUGUAAACUGGAGACACUACACAUUAAGGGUAAAAAACUCAGCAGGUCUGGUGUAGGACAGGAGUCUCUCCUCAGACCUUUUUUCCAGGAUAAAGCAGUUAUGGUGGUGAAGCGUUAGAACACGUCCCACAUUUCCAGCAGUUUGGGAGUAUGUGUUACAGAUGUUUAUACAUUAUUUUUACCU